AUGACACAUGGUCCGUAUGGAAAAGGUAUUGCUUGGUCUCAACCCAAUAAUCCAUCAUUUCCGCAGUGGAAUGCAAUGUGCAAAGAACGACCAGAGAUUUUCGACGGAUCUAGUUGCAAGUACAUUACAUGGGAAACCGUCGAUCCCGAGAGAUGGACUGCCUGGGGUUAUGCAGUCGUACGAGGUGAUGGAUUAUUAUAUUGUAUCGAGUGGGCCGGCACACGUGAUUGGAGCACUGGCAAAGUCGGUUUAUGUGGCAUCUCCUAUUAUGCUAUAAACCAAUGGCAAGUUGCUGCUCUACAACCACCGCAUCUCGUCGCGAUGAUACCUUGGGAGGGUGCCAGCGAUAUUUAUCGCGAGAUCUAUCGGCACGGUGGUAUCUUAAGCAACUAUUUCAUUAACUAUUUGUACAACAUCGUUAUCGUCAAUCAGCACGGCAAAGGCACACACAUGGAUCAUUGGUUGGGUGAAUCUUCGAGUGGGCCAGAAAAGCUAUCCGAACAGGAGCUUGCCAAAAACAGAGUAGACCCUCUCGAAAGUCCUAGAAACGAGCACAUCAUCGACGGAGAACAUUAUGUGAGCAGACAAGCUGAUUUUAGCAAAAUCAAUGUUCCACUGCUGUCAUGUGCUUCUUGGGCCGGAUUUGGUCUACAUCAACGUGGAAAUUUUGAAGGGUUCUUGCAAUCAGCUAGCGAGCAAAAGUGGUUGGAAGUCCAUCCCGGGAAACAUAAAGAGUGGUUCUACCUACCUGCUGGGUACCAACUUCAAAAGCGGUUCUUCGAUCGUUUCUUGAAAGGUGAAGCUAAUGGAAUGGACCAGGAACCUAGAGUGUUGCUCAACAUAAGAUAUCCGGGGGAGAGGUUUGUCUUGCGCAAAGAGAACGAGUGGCCACUAAGCAGAACACAAUGGACAAAGUUCUACCUUGACGCUAGUAACAUGUCCUUGAGUACGUGUCCUUCGCUCUCUGCAGCAGAAUGUAGUUUCUCUGCAUUGACUAGUGCAGGUGCAGUGUUUAAUUCGGCUGGUCUCGAACAGGAGUAUGAGAUCACCGGUCCUAUAGCAGCUCGCAUUCGACUGACUUCUAGUACCAAGGAUGCUGACUUGUUCUUAACUUUGCGAGCGUUCGAUCCAAGUGAAAAAGAAAUCGUGUUUCACGGUACCGUAGAUCCUCGAUCUGUUUUGUCUCAGGGUUGUCUGCGAGCUUCUCAUCGUGCAUUGGAUAGCGAGAAGACACUGCCCUACAGGCCGUACCAUUCGCAUAUGAAACAAGAGUUUCUCAGUCCUGGACAACAGUACGAUUUGGACAUUGAGAUGUGGCCUACAUGCAUCGUUCUGUCCAAGGGAUCAACUCUACAGUUAGUGAUCGAUGGAAAGGAUUUCGCUAGACAGGAGAACGAAGUCAUUGUGCGAGGACCGUUAAGACUCGCCGGAAGUGGAUGUUUUUUGCACGACGAUCCGGUUGAUCGUGACGAAAAAGUGUAUGGUGGAGAGACCAAGGUUAUCACUAGUGAAGACUCCUGGCUUCUGCUUCCCAUUGUGCCAAAAGAAUAA